GGAAAGUUUUUAUCCAAGGGAAGAACGCGCCACUCCGCCUCCCCACGCUGCACAGUCACAUCCCACAGCGGGAGAAGAAGUCAUACAAACAUACUUUGUUCCGUCUCCAUUGUCGAGAAUUGUUCCCCCUUGGAGGACCACCAGCGCCAUCACCGCGUGUAAGGAUGACCGCAUCCCGUCAGAAGUGAGCUACCCCGGGAGGGAGAGUCUGACGGCGGUUGGAGUCUCAAGAGAGAAUUGUUGGGGUUUUGGAUUUUUUAUUAUUUUUUGGAGCGGCUCCUCCGGUGCUCUCUGCCCGCCUCUGAGGCCAUGGGCUGCGGCUUGAGAAAGCUGGAGGACCCGGAGGACAGCAGUCCCGGGAAGAUCUAUUCUACGCUGAAGAGACCUCAAGUGGAGACCAAAACUGAGACAGUCUACGAUUAUGUCUUGCUGGACUUCAGCUUGGAAGGUAGCCGUCCCACAGUUCAAUACGUAUCCUCACUGGCGGAGCUGCCCCAGGCUCUGCAGCCAUACUACACGCAAGGCUACGUCUUGGCAGCCCUGCACCCCAUCAUCCUGUCUGUGGGCCGGACGCGCUCUCUCCCCUUCAGCCUGCUCUACCGCGCCGUCCUAGCUCGGCCCAGAUUGAGUCAUCAGACGGCGUCCAUGUGUCACAGCGUGCCCAUGCUGAGAGUGGAGGAGUGGCCGUUACCCGGGGAAUCGCUGACGGGCGACACAGUUCGAGCGCUCAUCGACAGGGUGAACAGCAGCGCCCGAGGAGGGGUUCGCUUCGUUGGCUCAGUCCUCCAGCAGGUGAGUGGGCUGAGCAAUGGCGGCAGGAUGCACAGCCCAAAAAGAGGCUGCCGCUCACCUCCGCACUCUCCUCCUCGCACCCCACCUGGAGACAGGGACCUGGAGGAGAACACGUACAGCCCUGACAUGCGACUCCUGGUCUUUUUCCACGCCUGGGCUCCCGGUUGUGCCCCUCUGGAUUCAUUGGCCUGUCAGUACCACCAGGGGGCACUCUCUAUGCGUGUGUCCAGGAAAGGUCAAGUGGUCAGUGCUCUCGAGGCCGACUGGUUGGAGCUGACGGCAGCCUACUACCGCAGAGGCUGGUCGCUGGUGGACUCCUUUGUUUACUGGGACACUCCUAAAGGAGAGCCUGUACCAAGGUCACUGGAGGGCCUGUUUGUAUAUGAGGAGAAGAGCACCGCCCCUCCUGCCAACGACACCAUUGUGGUGGAACAGUGGACCGUCAUUGAGGGCUCCAACGUGAAAACUGACUACGGGCCACUCCUUCACACUCUGGCCGAGUUUGGAUGGCUGCUCACAUGUGUGCUGCCCACUCCCAUCAUCCGCCAUGACAGUGAUGGGAAUCUAGCCACCAAGCAGGUUGUGUUUCUUCAGAGGCCCGUUAGGAAUCAGGCUCCAGCACAACAAAGGAACCAGCCACUGUACCUGCAGAUCCUGCCCGUGCACAGCGAUGUGGCCAGCCGUUCCUUGAGCCGGUCUGUGAGCAGUGCUGCACCGAGGGAGGAGCUCUCUGCUGUGGCCGGAGGCAUCGGGGGAUUCCCAGUGUUCGGAGGCGGGUUCCCCAACUCGUUGUCCCACCUGGACGAGGCAGGCUUCGAUCCAGAGGAGGGGAAAGCAGAGGUCACCUGCAUGUGAACCUAUUCUUCGGACUGAUGCUCAUUAGGUCCUGGAUGGAGGUCUACAUCUUCCAGACAUUUCUCUCACCAUCACACUCCUGCGGAAGCACUUUUUUUAACAGAAGCCAUAAUGAGACAAGAUCAGAAGAUUUAUGCACAACACCACUUAACAGUAUGCACACAUUUGUGAAAGGAAACCGGUGGUCCUCUUCCUCCUCCAAUUAGCUGCUUUCCUUUAUAGUAUUUUUGUGUCCUCGAGGGUUUUGUUUACCCUUUAAAGAUGUCCUGAAACAUUCCAAGCACCUCCUGAUUACCUUCCUGGAACCUGGGAGGCCAUCACAGACUGAUAAAAAGGGCAGAUUUGAUUAUUAAAAAGCUCAUUUUAAUACAAUAUGGAGCAAAAUUAUGGGACUUGAUAAAUUCCCCUUGAAUCCUAAUUUUUUGUUUUAGCAAAAUAUGUUGGACAACCGUAUACUUCUAUUCUUAACUUGAAAUGUUUUAACAGUAUUAAGUAUGUAUGGUACUAGCAGUCCUUGAAUGGGUAGAAAAGUCAACACUUCUCAAAAUUUUGUACCUCAACAAUAUUUUGCAAGUACUGUUCCACCUUUAAGGUUAGACUUCUCAGCAAAUUUUUGGAUUUGUACAUUUCAUAUCCAGUAGCCCCCGCUGUUUCCCUCAAGAGUGGAAAAAACAUGAAUACACGAUGUAAAACCCUUAAAAUGCCUAUUUUAGGUACUGUAAAGCUUGCCAUUCACAGUUAUUAUGCAUUUUUUAAUUGUUUUACACAUUAAAAACAAUUACAGGUAUAUAAUCUACUGUAUCAUACUAAAAUAUAGUUACAUACAGUAUCUCAUCUUGUCAAAGUGUCUUCUUGCUGGAAAUGUUGGAGUGAAUUGACUCAGUGAAAUACAGCACCCUGGCGGGGGCUUACUGUGUGUAUGGUUCUUGGUUUGUUUUGCUUUUUUACUCCUGAGAACUACAAGAUGGGACCGGCCUACCACCAAUGGUGCAUGUGCCACAGUUUGAGAACAAAUGACUUAAAUCAUUGCGUUACAAAGCCAACAGCAGUAUUAUAUGAUUUGAAGACACACGUUUCUUUGUUAAUAUUUGCAAAUGCAAUCUAGCAUUCUUCCAUGUCAUGAAAAUGUUCCUUUCAUAUUUUUAAGUAAAAUUUUGCUACUGCAGUGAAAAAGCCAUUCAAACAGAUUUCUGUAAUUCCACCUGUCAUUUUUGAGUUGUAUAUUUGUUUCCUUUCCUGAAAAGAGUGUUUUUAUUGGAAUAAACACAGGUGUUAUUUCCCCCAUUAUUUUUCCUUUCAUGCCAAUUAACAUUCCAAGGCAAAAUCCAGAAUAAGUUUUUUAUUAACAGACAUCAUGAAAAUGUCAACAGUAACAAAAUUUAUUUUUAGUCCAUUUAAAAACCAAGAAAAGUGGGUUGGCUUAAGAAAAUAAGUUAAUGAAGGAGCAGGCGACAGAAGGAAGGUGGCGCUCGGUCGGGUUUAAAACAUGGCCGAUAUGGACGCCUUUUUGAGCACAUUGACAUUGGGGCGCAUCUAUAAACAGGGGGACAUAAUAUAUCUUGGGAGUAAACUACAAGUUGCUCUCUACCACACAAGUCACGCCUGUUGUUGUUUUGUAGCAUCGUAAAUAAAUCUAUUCAUUGAUCCACUUAAUGGGACGAGGAUACCCCAACCCCCAAGCCAUCGAAAAACCCUUCCCCACUAAACAAGACAAUGCAAACAGAGGCAGAUGUGUAAAAAAAAGAAAAGUGAAGCACCAUCAGAAAACGAGACCUAACAGGUUAUGAUUGGGGCUUAUUUACACAGGGGGGUAACUGUCAGUGUGUGCCUUUGUCAACAAUAUAGAGCACUGUGAUUACCUUUUUUUUUUUUUGCAAAUCCAGCUGCUUAAACGAUAAAAUGUUCCCUAAAGGAGACGUGUGACAGUGUGGUGCUUUUUACAAACAAAGAGAAGGUUAAAUAAAUGAUCCUGCAGGUGGUUUUUUUUGUGUUUUUGUUGGGUUUUUUUGCUUAGACACAGGUGACUAAGGAACAGUCACCAGGCAGGAGUCUUAGUACACUGUACAGUAGUGUGGAAUAGAUGACGUGUUUGUCUAUAGUUUGUUUUCUUUGUUGUCUCCCUUUCUUUUUUUUUAUAUGGUGUGUCUCAAGCCUCGCUCUCGCCGGCCGACGAUGCGUUCUGCACCUCCUCCUCCAGAAUGGGCACGAUCAGGUUGUCCUUUGACAUCAGGUUGUACUUCAUCACAAAGCGUGUGAAGCGGUGACACAGGAACGUUUCAUUCUGUCCAAGAGGAAGACAUGAUGACUAUGAUUGCGCUCUGUCAUUGAAAUUCGCAUCCUUCAUUAAGACACUCCGUCUUCAGGUCAAGGGUUGUUAUGGAGCAUAACCACCUAAAGCAGAAGGGGAGGGC